AUGUUUCUUUGUGCCACCGGAAAAUGCCUUCACGUUAUUAAAAGUAGCAAAGUACAAAAAAAAGAUAAAACAAAUGAAACAAUUGAAGCAAUUGAAACAAUGAAAAAAAAUGCAAUAAAAUAUAUCAUAAGCAGACAGUUCUAUCAGUCACUAAUGUUGCUUAUAUUUGUGGGUGAUAUAAUUGCAAUGCUAUUGUUAAAUCUUGAUCCUAUCUGGACAAAAGUUUAUUUGACCACAAGUGCUAUAUCAUUUGUACUAGGAGGAAUUGCCAUCAAUGCUGGAGAGAAAAAGGUGGAAGAAGAUACAAUGAAGGAAAAAAAUUCAAUUAAGGAAGAAAAAAGGGUUGGGAUGAAAGAUUAG